AUCCCUCGCCCCUCCCCCUUCUUCAUAUUGUCUUUUUUUCCCAUUCUUUUGAAAUUUUAUUGUUUUGCCUCCCUAUUUGUUGUCUUGCCUGUCUUUCCGUCGUCUUUUACAUUCACUUAUCUGUAAACAUAUUUUAAGAUCCGAUCUGGGCAUCUGCUGUUUGGGGGUCCUUCAAUUCCUCUCUCCGUCCCUCCAAUCUCCUCCUUUUCCUUUUCUCUCGUUCAGAUUUUUGUCGAAUUUUAGUUUAUUUAAAAGAGAGAGAAAGAGAGAGAGAGAGAGAGAGGAGAAAUGGAAGCUGAAAAGAAAUCAUCGGCGGUAUCGGAUGUUGGGGCGUGGGCGAUGAAUAUCGUCAGCUCAGUCGGGAUAAUCAUGGCCAACAAGCAGCUCAUGUCUGCCAAUGGCUAUGCUUUCAGUUUCGCCACAACUUUGACUGGGUUCCACUUUGCGGUGACUGCACUGGUUGGUUUGGUCUCAAAUGCCACUGGUUAUUCCUCAUCAAAGCACGUUCCUUUGUGGGAGCUCUUUUGGUUUUCUAUUGUCGCAAAUAUGUCCAUCACGGGAAUGAACUUUAGUCUUAUGUUGAACUCAGUGGGAUUCUACCAAAUCUCAAAACUCAGUAUGAUCCCUGUGGUUUGUGUGAUGGAGUGGAUCCUUCAUAACAAGCACUACUCAAAAGAAGUUAAAACUGCUGUUGUAGUAGUAGUAAUUGGUGUGGGAGUUUGCACUGUCACUGAUGUAAAAGUUAAUCUCAAAGGGUUUUUAUGUGCAUGCAUUGCCGUUUUGUCCACAUCUUUGCAGCAAAUUACUAUAGGUUCACUACAAAAGAAGUACUCCAUUGGAUCUUUUGAAUUGCUGAGCAAGACAGCACCUAUUCAAGCCCUUUCUCUCCUGGUUCUCGGUCCAUUUAUUGAUUACUACCUUAGUGACAAAUCUCUACUGAACUAUAAAAUGUCUUAUGGUGCCAUUUUGUUCAUCCUCCUUUCAUGCACGCUUGCUGUGUUCUGCAAUGUCAGCCAAUACUUGUGCAUUGGGCGUUUCUCAGCUGUCUCCUUCCAGGUGUUAGGUCACAUGAAAACAGUAUGUGUUCUCACAUUGGGAUGGCUGCUCUUUGAUUCAGAACUGACUUUGAAGAACAUAUCAGGCAUGAUUUUAGCAGUUGUAGGUAUGGUCAUUUAUAGUUGGGCUGUGGAGGUUGAGAAGCAAUCUAGUAUGAAGACUAAUAUCAAUGUGAAAAAUAGCCUGACGGAAGAGGAAAUUAGACUUCUGAAGGAAGGAAUUGAGUCUAAGCCUGUUAAGGAUAUUGAACUUGGUGAGUCUAAAGGAUAAAUUUCACCUUGUCUUUUUAGGUCAUUGCAUUGUGUUGUGUCUAGAGUCUAGACUUAGACUUAUCCAUAUCCCUCAUCCUUGCACCGAUUAAUUUUAGAUAUUAUAUGCCCAUGUAGAAACCUUGUCCGUCCAAUUAUAUUUUUCUUGUUCACAUUUAUAUUUAUACGUUUAUAUGUAUGUAUAUUUAUUUUUUUUUCUUCAUAUUAUUUAUGCUAAGAGGUUAGUUGUAAGGCUACGAACCGAUGGUAAAAUGUAAACGUCAUUUGUAAGUGGAGAACUUUUAUUUAUUUACUUUUUUA